AUGUCCGCCUGCACUCCGGAGAGAAGCCUUAUUGCUGUGACAAAUGUGGCAAGAGAUUCUCGCAUUCUGGCUCCUUCUCUCAGCACAUGA